AUGAAGGACGUGAGGCGAGCAGGCUUCAGCCUCCCGAACACAAAGGACCCGAGCAGCCGGUGUCCACGAUCUGCCAUCUGUCCGAGUAAACCCGAAAGGCGCCUCAAGGCGUGGCAUGGCGAAGAUGGCGUCCCAUCUUUCAGAGUAGGGCGAUGGGAGGACCAGGGGCAGCUUGGAGCCGCGACCCAGGGACCAGCACCCACGUCCCGGAUUCCGCUUUCCGGAACAAUUCAUCACCAAUUUGGCGCACUGAUGAGCGACACGUCGACGGAUUCGGUCCUUGGAGGCGACGAGAACAAGAGCCGUGAACAAGAGCGAGGGCUGUGCUUGCGGCAUCCCAUCCGAAGCGGUCUUACCCGCGCAAACCUGGAAGGCAGCGUGGCACCUCGCGAGAAGGAAGCACCGACUGAUACGGAUAGUGACGGAAGGCAGGAUGACGGGGUGUUGAACCGCGUCCGCACGUCCUACGGCCACAAGUGA